AUGUCUUACCAUGACUGCUGCUGCAGCGUCCCCACUGGACCCGCCACCACCAUCUGCUCUUCUGACAAGUGCUGCCGAUGUGGAGUCUGCCUGCCCAGCACCUGCCCACAUACCACUUGGCUGCUGGAGCCCACCUGUUGUGACUGCUGCCCACCCCCUUGCCACAUCCCUCAGCCCUGUGUGCCCACAUGCUUCCUGCUCAAUUCUGCCCAGCCCCUCCCAAGCCUGGAGAACCUGGACCUGACCACAUACACCCAGCCUUGCCCCUGUGAGCCCUGCCUUCCCUGUGGCUGCUGA